UAAUUUCGAUUUUUUUUUUUUUUUGUAAAAAAAUUUAAUUUGCACUAAUAAAAGUUACCCAUAUAACAAAGGUUAAAAUAGACAGUUCUCGAUUUCUGUUGUCAUAAUGUUCUCCAACAUACAUAUCAGCUGAUUUGGAUGCAUUCGGCUGAAAAAAAUUAAACGAAAACAAACGUUUCAAAACGCACGUGCGACAUUCCAAACUUUGUUAUUUGAGCGUAUUCCAAAAAAACCAAAUAAAAUAAGAUUUGGAAAUGAGUGCUGAGCCAUUCAAUGUGUAUCAUUUGUGCAAUUUCAAUGAAAUUAUUAAAUUGGAAGAUUUGCCCACAGAAGCUUUGCGUCAGCUUUGGUAUUGUCAAUGGACAACGACGCGUUUACAAAGCAUUUUAGAUAAUUGGAGUGUUAACAAAACAACGGAGCCAAAUCUAGAAACAGCGGAUACACUACUUUGUCAUGCUGUUGAGCUGACACUCCUGUUCGUGCAAAACAAUUUUACAGGGCCCUUUAAACAACUGGAGGAGUUUAGCAAUUUUAUGCAAACAAAAGCGUUAGGAGAAUAUGAUCCUUUUAAGCGGCUCAUGGAAAAUGGUGAAGAAAUAAAUCCAAAUGUCAAACUGGGCGAGUUGUUAGUGUUAGCAAAAGAAAUUCUAGAUUUAUUACGUCAGUAUUGGCCGGACUCAUUGUAUCUGCAAUGGUGGCUGAUGCGUUUAAUUUACAUACAGCAGAGUGUAAUUGAUGAGUUAACCGGCAAUUUAUAUGAGCAGCUUAAGUUAGUAGCUGAAAGUCUAUUAAAAAAUGUGGAAAACAUACAGGAUAAGGAGCUGCAAGCCUUACUUUACUUAGAGGUUGGAAAUAGUUAUUUACUCUUUCAUCGUUCACAAAAAGCAGACUAUGUGCUUGAACAGUUAUGCCAACGCUUUGGUAUAGUGUUGAAUGUGGAAGGAUUACUUGGUGUGCGCACGAAGUUUCAGCAGAAACCGCUGCCACAACUCUGUCUGAAAGUGCAACAUACCAACAGUGAUUUGCCAUUGGCGCAGGCCACCAACGGCAAAACGAAUAUACCCAAGUUACUGCUUUUAGAUGACGACACAAGACUUGAGCGUAUACGCUUUAUUGAACCGAAAGAUAACGAGGUGAUGACACUGCCCAGCGUAUUACAGGCCUUGGUGCUAGCGAAAGUUAAACAACUAAAACGUUCGCAGCCAAAAGAUCGUCUUGCCGACGAAGAACUGGAGCCAUAUAUAAAAACGCUUUUAUAUCAGGAACAUGGACCAUUACAAGUACGCCAAUCCGCCUUGCUGCUUAAUUGUGUGCAAGAGUCGAAUCAGCGGCGCACAGUGGAGCGCAGUUGGAAGCAGUGUGAAGGUGCCGUUAAAUUACUUGAUGGACCCAUAUUUACAUUAGCAGAGCGACUCUCCUACGCAUUUGCUGGCUUCCUACAACCCAAAUGGCAAGUACAAAUGCAGCUUUGCCAGUUAUUGUUGUCAUUGGGUAUGACAAAAACGGCAUUAGAUAUUUAUCUGCAAAUACAAGCAUGGGCCGAAGUUAUUCAAUGUUAUACAAAGCUGGAAUUGCGUCAUAAGGCCGCCGAAAUAAUAAGACAAGAAUUGGAGAAGAAGCCCACAGUGUUGUUGCACUGCCUGCUCGGCGAUGCCAUUGAUGAUCCCAACUGCUAUGCUACAGCGUGGGAGUUUUCCAAACAUACCAGCGGCAGAGCGCAAGCACACUGGGGCACAUAUUAUUUCCGUAAAGCAGAGUAUGUAGAAGCCAUACCACAUUUGGAAAAGUCUGUGGAGAUAAAUCCCUUACAAGAGAAGAUAUGGCUACGCUUAGGCUUUGCUGCCAUACAGCUGGAACGUUGGGAGCUCGCCGUCCACGCGUAUAUUACAUAUACACAUAUCGAGCCAUUGGGUUUCGAAUCGUGGAAUAACUUAGCAAAAGCGCUGGUAAAAUUGGGCGAUAAACUGCGCGCACACAAAGUGCUUAGCGAAUCGCUGAAGUGUAAUUACAACAACUGGAAGGUUUGGGAAAACUUCAUGAUUGUCUCCGUGGAUACGUGUAAUCUUGAAGACGCGCUGAAUGCCUAUAACCGUCUCAGCGAGUUGAAGGAUCGCUAUCUGGACUUGGAGGUGCUUUGCGUUACCAUUGGUGCCAUUGUGGAAGGCAAACCUGACGCCAAAGGUCAAACGCAGGAGCGUUUGCGUAAGAAAGCCAUCACUUUAAUGGCGCAACAAUGUAUUAAGCAUGGCAACGAACCGAAAGUAUGGGAAUUGGCAGCACUACUUGCUGUCACACCGCACAACAGGGCACAAAAGCUGGUUAAAGCUGUGAAUGCGUAUACAACCAAAGAGCUGGAGUGGGCGACGAAGCAACCGUAUGCGCUCAAAGUGAUAGAAGUGUGUCAGCAAGCCUGCGAAUUGUCUUUGGAGGCAACGAAGGUGCACGCGCCAGAAGAAACUGACGUUAUGAUUACAUCACAACUGAAUUCCGCACGUCUUGCAGCACAGGCUGUGCUACGUGCCACGGCGAAAGUUAAUGAGAAGUGGCCGGAAAAUGAAGACGCUUUAACGGUAUUGAAAGCGCAACUCGAAACGCUGACCGCGACGGUUAAGCAGCGCAUGAAUGCAAGCUGAUAAUAUUUUAGUUUAAACAUGUGUUUAAGUAUAGAAAAAAUGCAAGUUAAUAUUUUAAAAUAAAAAAAAAAUGU